AUGUGGCGCAAUCCCGAUGAUGAAUUCAGAAGCCUUAGACAUUGCUGGAAACUAUGGUCGUUUAACAGCAAUACAGUGACAACUUCGACUGAAAGUCCUGCACUUUUGGGUUUAUUUGACUCGCUACCUGGCUUUUGGAGGGAUGUUAAACAAAUUUUUGUGUUCUUUGAUAUGCUAUACUUUGCGCAUCAGAAUGCCACUCCUGGUGAACUACCAUUUUUUACGAAGCAGAGACCUGCAGCAAGGAGGCUGUUUUAUGAGUUUCGGCCAAUUGUCCAGUGUAAUGGUUACCAGUAUUGCUUGUUAAAAGAUGGCUAUCCACCAUAUCGACAACAUGUCUUGAACAAGAAUGGCGGCCGUUGGAUAAUUGAUAUAAAUCAUUCGGAAAUGAGGCAAACAUUUAUAUUUUAUCAGCUAAAAAUUUUAUUGUCUCUGAUUUUGGGCAGAUUUGAUGAUUAUCAGAAGUCUGUUUGCGGUUAUAAGGCAGAAAUGAAUAAUCAUAGAUGUCGGUUAGCACUUUGGAUAAAUGAUGGGACCGACUUGCAAGCGGUUAACGGAAUUGGUGCGCUAAUAAAAGAGUGCCUUCUCAUAACCGAAGGAAAACAGUUUUAUUUUGAAAAUCAUGCGUAUGCUGCUGAUCAAAUAAAUCAAAGUUUUUCGCUAUCAUCUAAGAAGAUCGAUUCAUAUGUGGACGCUUUAGAAGGCAGAUGGAAACUUUUGCUAGGCAGAGCGCCGAAAGAUAGUAGUUCCACGGAGAGGCAAAAAUUCGCACAACUUGCUCUAUUAACCAACAUGCAAGAAUUUUGGUCGGUUUUUGAUAUGCUUCGAAAACCUUCGAGGUUGAAAGCUGGGUACAGUUAUUAUUUACUUAAAAUAGAUGAAAGUCCCCAUACAAUUGAAGAGAACGAAAACGGUGGAAGAUGGGUUGUAGAAAUCACUCGUGGUUCUGUAGCUGCCAAUUUCUCAUGGCUAACACUUGUCCUCUCGUUGUUGUUGAAUCGAUUUCGGAUCUUUGAUGACGACAUCGUUGGUGGUGUUAUAGAAGUUUUUCGAAAAUCUUUCCAGAUAUCUCUCUGGAACAGUGACAAUUCCAAUGUCGUAAGAAUUCUGAAAAUUGGCAAAAUUCUAAAAAGUGAAUUUGAUCGAGUAGCUGACAGCUGGGCUUUACAUUACGAGACGCAAAAGGUACGUGAUAACUCUAAGAAUAUACCGUUACAGUAA